GCGCCUACAUGUUGAGCUCAGCCUCGCGGUUCUUCUCAUCUCCCCGCCCGUGACGCUCCGAAAUUUAGCAUCCGCUUCACCUUUUUAAUCCCUCCCCGCUACAAAAAAGAAUCGCUUUUGAUGGUUCUCCAAUCCUCAUUCGGGCCAUCCCACCACCACCACCACCACCACCACCGAGCAAACCAAAACCCCAAACUUAGCAAAAACCCAAAUUUAACCUCGCUCGCCCUCGUCUUGGCCUCCCCCACCGCCGCUCCCCCUCCCCGCCGCGCCAGCCUCUCUCCGCCCGGAUCCUCCACACUCGCCGGCGAUCGCCGGAGACCUCCGCGCCGGCGAUCUCCGGCGGUCGCCAACAAUGCCUCCCCCGCCGCCGUCCCUCGCCGCCAAGGUCCAGCGCUUCUUCAGCUUCGCGGCGGCGCGGGACCGCUGCUUCAACCGGCGGUUCCUCGCCGCCGGCCUCCGCCCGGUCACCAUCCAGCUCCCCGACUCGGCGCACCCGGUCUCCGUCCAGCUCCCCGACUCGGCGGAACCCGUCACCACCGUCCACAUGUGGGUCCCCGCCAGGCCGCCACGCAACCCCCUGGUCCUCCUCCACGGCUUCGGCGCGUCCGCCACGUGGCAGUGGUACCCCUACCUCCGCCCCCUCAUCGCCGCCGGCUUCGACCCCAUCGUCCCCGACCUCCUCUUCUUCGGCAACUCCACCACCCGCCUCUCCGAUCGCUCCGACACAUUCCAGGCGUGGGCGAUGAAAACGGCGCUGGAGGCGAUCGGGGUGACCAAGUUUGGGCUGGUUGGGGUGAGCUAUGGAGGGUUCGUGGGGUACAGGAUGGCGGCGAUGUACCCGGACGCCGUGGAGAGGGUGACUAUGGUGUGCGCCGGCGUUUGCCUGGAGGAGAAGGACCUCGCGGAGGGCCUGUUCCCGGUGGCCGGGGUCGAUGAGGCGGCAGCGCUGCUUGUGCCGCGGCGGCCGGAGGAGGUGCGGCGCCUGGUCAGGCUCACAUUCGUCCGACCGCCGAUCAUCAUGCCGUCGUGCUUCCUUUGGGACUACAUUAAGGUGAUGGGCUCAGACCAUAUCGAGGAGAAGACUGAGCUACUACACGCUUUGAUUAGUGGGAGGCAAAUUUCGACUCUUCCAACACUGCGUCAGAAGACGCUGAUAAUUUGGGGGGAGCAAGAUAAGGUGUUCCCGAUGGAAUUGGCUCACAGAUUGAAGAGGCAUCUGGAUGGGAACUCUCGGUUGGCAGUCAUACACAACGCUGGGCACGCUGUCAAUCUCGAGAAGCCUGCAGAGGUAUGCAAGAGCGUCAUCGAGUUUUUCCAAGAGCCAAUCCCCGAAGCUUCAAACGACGAAAGGGUGUAGUAGGUGUGGCUCUCAUCGAAGCGGCGGAUGGUGUCUUCUUCACCGGGCAUCGGCAUUGCGGUCAAAAUUGACACUGGAAGAGGAGAGGAAGAGGGGGGAUCGCAGCGUUCUCGCCGUUCUCGGUGGAAAAAUAGCUGAUGUAUGUUGCGUUGAGCAGUGUAAUCAUCGGUUAUGUGAACUGGCAUGCCUGCCAGAUCACGUUCUGCUACCGCUGAGGUGAAAUGUCGCAUUGUUUUCCCUGUGGCUUCCGUUA